GGGAGCUGGCCAGUGCUGAGGGGGCGCGGCGCGGAGGGGCGCGGAGCCGGGCCGCUCGGGGCCGAGAGAGCGCCGCGGCCGGGAGCCCGCCGGCCCCUGACAGCCCCCUCCCCCCGGCGGACGACGACGACGACGAGGGCGCCGGUCAUGGCGGAGCAGCGAACUGAGCGCGGGCCCUGAGUACCACCGCAUGGAGCGGGACGAACGGCCGCCUAGCGGAGGGGGAGGCGGCGGGAGCUCGGCGGGGUUCCUGGAGCCGCCCGCCGCGCUCCCUCCGCCGCCGCGCAACGGUUUUUGUCAGGAUGAAUUGGCAGAGCUUGACCCAAGCACUAUUUCUGUUCCAGAUGACCGGGCUGAACAACGAACCUGUCUCAUUUGUGGGGACCGCGCCACAGGCUUGCAUUAUGGAAUCAUCUCCUGUGAGGGCUGCAAAGGGUUUUUCAAGCGGAGCAUUUGCAACAAGCGGGUAUAUCGGUGCAGUCGUGACAAGAACUGUGUCAUGUCUCGGAAGCAGAGGAACAGAUGCCAGUACUGCCGCCUGCUCAAAUGCCUCCAGAUGGGGAUGAACCGGAAGGCAAUCAGAGAAGAUGGCAUGCCUGGAGGCCGGAAUAAGAGCAUUGGGCCAGUCCAGAUAUCAGAGGAAGAGAUCGAAAGGAUUAUGUCUGGGCAGGAGUUUGAGGAAGAGGCCAAUCACUGGAGCAACCAUGGUGACAGCGACCACAGUUCCCCUGGGAACAGGGCUUCAGAGAGCAACCAGCCCUCACCAGGCUCCACACUGUCCUCCAGUAGGUCUGUGGAACUAAAUGGAUUCAUGGCAUUCAGGGAUCAGUACAUGGGGAUGUCUGUGCCUCCGCACUAUCAAUAUAUACCGCACCUUUUUAGCUACUCUGCCCACUCGCCACUUCUGCCCCCACAAGCUCGCAGCCUGGAUCCCCAGUCUUACAGUCUAAUUCACCAGCUUGUGUCAGCCGAGGACCUGGAGCCAUUGGGCACGCCCAUGUUGAUUGAAGAUGGAUAUGCUGUGACUCAAGCAGAGCUAUUUGCCCUGCUUUGCCGCCUGGCUGAUGAGCUGCUUUUUAGGCAGAUUGCCUGGAUCAAGAAACUGCCUUUCUUCUGCGAGCUCUCAAUCAAGGAUUACACGUGCCUCCUGAGCUCUACAUGGCAGGAAUUAAUCCUGCUGUCCUCCCUCACUGUUUACAGCAAGCAGAUCUUCGGGGAGCUGGCUGAUGUCACUGCCAAGUAUUCACCCUCUGAUGAAGAACUACAUAGAUUUAGUGAUGAAGGGAUGGAGGUGAUUGAGCGGCUCAUCUACCUGUAUCACAAGUUCCAUCAGCUAAAAGUGAGCAAUGAGGAGUAUGCUUGUAUGAAAGCAAUUAACUUCCUAAAUCAAGGACUAUCACACAGAAUCUGUCACACCAUGUAGGCACCGAUCUUGGAAGUCCUAUGCUGCCCUCAUCAUCCUGCUCUACUAUAGUGCAGGGCAUGGUUUGGGUUUUUUCCUUCAAACCUAAAUGCCACAGGCUCUAUAACUCAUAGAGGAAGGAAGAGGAUUUGCUUUGUUUAGUCAGUUUUAAUGCAUUUAAACACAGACACCAAGGACAGUACAUGCGUCAUUUAAAAUAUGCACCAAGUUUACCAGCGACUGAAGAAGAGCAGAGUGACUGAUGAAACUGUUAGAGAUAAGGAAUCUGUGACAGGCUGACGGUCCCUUCAGGGCAGAGUGGGGGUGCACAAAAACUCACACACCCAUAUCAAGCAUGGCUUUCAUUAAAAGAGUGGUGGAUGUGAUUUACGUGAAAUAUUAACCUGCCAAGUGGAGCAUGGUAGCUGCUGGUAACCAGAGUAUGCAGGAGAGUUUGUGUAGCAUAUGAGUGCUCUACUCUCAGAGUGGGGCUGGGCUAUUUUGCUGCCUAUGACAUUGAAAGUGCUCUGUUCCUGUAUUCAAUUUCCUAGUCCAGAGACUCUUGAUCCCCUCCUCUUUGCCCACUCCUCCCUCAGUACUGACCAAACCUCCUCCUCGUGCUUCUGCACCUUUCAUGCGUUUAUCUGAUAUUCUGUGUGCCUCCCUUAGGCCAAGCCCUGUGUUGAGCAUUAAAGACAUUGAAAUAAAUUAGAUCCUAGGUUCCUGGCCUCAAGAAGUGUACCUUCUGAUGGCACUUGAUACAUUGCUUGAGCCUCAGAUGGGGGGAUAUCAGUAACACCUACUUGGAGGAAGAGAAAUUUGAGAGCUGGGCCUCAAAGGCUGGGUAAGAUUUAUAUAUAGAACAUUUAUAUUCUAUAUAUGGAAAAGAGGGAUUGUGUCUGUUUAUACGUAUAUGAACACACUGUAUAAUAUAUAUACACAUACAUAUAUGAGAAUGAGAGAGACAUCUACAGGCGUACUUUGGAGAUAUCGCAGGUUUGGUUCCAGACCACCACAAUAAAGUGAAUAUUGCAAUAGAGCAAGUCACUUGACUUUUUUGGCUUCCCAGUGCAUAUAAAAGUCAUGUUUAUACUAUACUGUAAUCUAUUAAGUGUGCUGUAGCAUUGUGUCUUUAAAAACAUAGUACAUACCUCAAAAAAAAUACUUUAUUGCUAAAAAAUGCUAACCAUCAUCUGAGCCUUCAUCGAGUUGUAAUCUUUUUGCUGGUGGAGGGUCUUGCCUCAGUGUUGAUGGCAGCUGACUGAUCAGGGUAGGGUGGUGGUUGCUGAAGAUUGGGGUGGCUAUAGCAGUUUCUUAAAAUAAGACAACAGUGAAGUUUGCCACAUCAAUUGACUUUUUCUGUCACGAAUUCUCUAUAGCAAUAGCACGCAAUGCUGUAUGAACAUUUUACCCACAGUAACUUCUUGCAAAAUUGGAGUCAGUUUUCUCAAACCCUGCUGCUGCUUUAUCAGCUAAGUUUAUGUAAUAUUCUAAAUUCUUUUUCAUUAUUUCAACAAUCUUCACAGCAUCUUCACCUGGAGUAGAUUCCAUCUCAGAGGACCACUGUCUUUGCUCAUUCAUAAGAAGCAUCACCUCACCUAUUAAAGUUUUAUCAUGAGACUGCAGCAGUUCAGUCACAUCUUCAGGCUUCACUUCUCAUUCUAGUUCUCUUGCUGUUUCUACCACAUCUGCAGUUACUUCCUCUACUGAAGUCUUGAACUCCUCAAAGUCAUCCAUGAGGGUUGGAAUCAACUUCUUCUAAAAUCCUGUUAAUGUUGAUGUUUUGACCUCUUCCAGCGAAUCAUGAAUGGCAUCUCGAAUGGUGAAUCCUUUCUGGAAGGUUUUCAAUUUACUUUGCCCAGAUCCUUCAGAGGAAUCACUAUUUAUGAGCAGCUAUGGUCUUAGGAAAUGUAUUUCUUAAAUAGUAAGACUCAAAUGUUGAAAUUACUCCUUGAUCCAUGGGCUGCAGAAUGGAUGUUGUGUUAGCCGGCAUGAAAACAAAAUUAAUUUCAUCGUACAUCUUCAUCAGAGCUCUUGGGUGACCGGGUGCUUUGUCAGUGAGCAGUAAUAUUUUGAAAGGAAUCUUUUUUCCUGAGCAGUAGGUCUCCACAGUGGGCUUGAAAUAGUUAGUAAACCAGGUUGUGAACAGAUGUGCUGUCAUCCAUGCUUUGUUGUUCCAUUUAUAGAACACAAGCAAAGUCGGUAUAGCAUAAUUCUUAAGGGCCUUAGGAUUUUCAGAAUGGUAAGUAAGCAUUGGCUUCAACUUAAAGUCACCAGCUACACUAGCCCCUAACAAGUUAGUCAGCCUGUCCUUUGAAGCUUUGAAGCCAGACAUUGACUUCUUCUCUCUAGCCAUGAAAAGUCCUAGGUAGCCUCUUCUUCCAGUAUAAGGCUCUGUCUGCAUUGAAAAUCUGUUGUUUAGUGUAGCCACCUUCUUUAAUUACCUUAGCUAGAUCUUCCAGCUAACUUGCUGCAGCUUGUAUAUCAGCACUUGCUGCUUCAUCUCACACUUUUAUGGAGUGUGUCUUUCCUUAAACCUCAUGAACCAACCUCUGCUAGCUUCAGACUUUUCUUCUGUGGCCUCCUCACUUCUCUCAGCCUUUAUAGAAUUGAAGAGAGUUAAGACCUUGCUCUGGAUUAGGCUUCAGUUUAAGGGAAUGUUGUGGCUGGUUUGAUCUUCUAUCCAGACUACUCAAACUUUCUCCGUGUCGACAGUAAGGCUGUUUUGCUCUCUUAUCAUUUGUGUGUUUACUGGAAUAGUGCCUUUAAUUUCUUUCAAGAACUUUUCCUUUGCAUUCACAACUUUGCUAACUCACAAGAGGCCUAGCUUUCAGCCUGUCUCAGCUUUUGACAUGCCUUCUUCACUGAGCUUAAUCAUUUCUAGCUUUUGAUUUAAAGUAAGAGAUGUGUGAUUUUUCCUUUCACUCAAACACUUACAGGCGAUUGUAUGGUUAUUAACUGGCCUAAUUUCAAUAUUGUUGUGUCUCAGGGAAUAGGGAGGCCCGAGGGGAGAGAGAGAGAGAGAGAGAGACAGGGGAACAGCCAGUUAACAGACGUCCAAAUGCACAACAUUUAUCAAUUAAGUUCACCGUCUUAUAUGGGCAUGAUUUGUGGCACCCCAAAACAAUUACAAUAGUAGCAUCAAAGAUUACAGAGACUUCCUAGGUGGCGCAGUGGUUGGGAGUCUGCCUGCCAAUGCAGGGAACAUGGGUUCGAGCCCUGCUCUGGGAAGAUUCGACAUGCCACGGAGCAACUAGGCCCAUGCGCCACAACUAUUGAGCCUGUGCUCUGGAGCCCAUGAGCCGCGGCUGUUGAGCCCAUGUGCCGCAGCUGUUGACGCCCGCAUGCCUAGGGCCCGUGCUCCACAAGAGAAGGGAAGCCACUGCAAUGAGGAGCCUGCACACCGUGAUGAGGAGUGGCCCCCGCUCGCAGCAACUAGAGAAAGCCCUUGUGCAGCAACAAAGACCCAAUGUGCCCAUAUAAGAUGGGCAGCAAAUGCUGUUGGAAAAAAUGUUUGGUGCAGAGUUGCCGUUACCUUCAAUUUGUAAAAAAAAAUGCAAUAUCUGUGAAGUGCAGUAAAGCAAAGCACAGUAAAACAAGGUAUGCUUACAUGUAGAAAAACUGGAGUGACCUAGUGGGAUACCAGUGGAAUACCAGGUAGAAUUGUAUGCGUAUAAGCGCAUAGGAGACCAUGUGUGAGUAUGUGUACAAGCUUGAAUGUGUAGUUGUUAUCAGCACGAUUUCUGAAUGGUUCCAAAUAAAGAGCAAAUUUAAAGAUAUUUUGAAGGAUAAAUUGGAAAAGGUAGAUUAUUCAGUCAGUUGUUCAACAUCCACUGGUGCCUGUUUUGUGCCAAGCCCUGUGCUGGGAGCUGGGUAUGGAGUUGAGAAAGAUACAGCCUAGCUCUCAGGGGGCUCAGUCUAGUGAUUGUCCUUGAUAAUAUUUUCCUUUAUCUUAUUUCUCUUCCCUUACUCACAGCUUUUGUUCCCCUCAGUCAGAAAGAGAAAAGUCCCCUGUUGAGACAGUGUUUAACUUUUCAUUGAAAGAUACACAUAUUCAAGGAGUGGGUAUUUCUUCCACAUUAGAAAGUC